UUUUCCCCCGGACGGACGCAUAUGUUGCGCAAGCUCCUAAACAUCGCCCUUGGUUAGCAUUGAGAGGUGAUGUGCUAAAGAGCUAGCGCUGUGUAGCACUCUAACGGAGCCGUACAUUUAAUCCUCAGAAAUGGGGUUUCUCCCCGAUGAGGCAAAAGUUCUCCCUCCACCGGGAAUCAUAAACAGAAACUCGGUAUGGCUCGGGUUUACCGGCUGGGUCACAGCUAUGCUUCAUAACUCGCUUAACCGAAGGCCUGCGAUUAAAGCGGGUGUCCAUCGACAAGCAUUGUUCAUAACUAUUGGCUGGUUCCUCGGCUACCAUUUAACAAAGAUCGAAAAUUACAAAUAUGCCAAACUGGACAGAGAGAUGAAUGAAUACAUCCGACUGCACCCUGUAGAGUUUCCAGAGAAAGAAAAGAAGACGUUUGCAGAGAUCGUAGAGCCGUUUCACCCGAUCCGCUGAGUGGAGCUGCUUUUCACAGAUGUGGACAACAUUUCUGGACAUCAUCUUCUGUCUACCAUGUACACGUGUAUAAGACAAUGCUUAUUAAAUAUAUUGUUUCUAAUAUUUAAUUAAACCGUUUAAAAGGCAAA